UAAAUGGUAAAGACAGCUACCAACAACAUGAGUCGAACAUGUCAACGCUAUAACUAAGUCGCGUUGGAGCUCCUCUUUUCUUUUGCCCAACACAUUAACUGAGCUGGUUAAAAUCCGUAUGUAGUCCGCACUGACAUGGACUAGCCUACAAAGCUAAAAAGAAAAGUGGCGAAUGGGACGAAAAGUGUGCUGCAGUUUUAGAUAACACUCCGUUAGCUAGCUAUGUGUUUACUUAGCUGUCUCUAGUUUAUUUUUUAUGCUCACCUAGCGUUGUGUUUUUCAAGUUUUUGCAACAUCAUGUACUUUAAAUAGACUUCCUGUGGUGCCAUCCAGAGACAAUCUAGUUCAACGAAGGGACUGCAUUGCUGAAAGCGAACAAAACAGGCAACAGGACAAUCCAGCAGUAACUUAGCAAAAACACUUUGAAGCACACAGCGGUAAGCCAAAGCGCUAAUCUGAUAAUGGCAGAGGACACCCGACAGGACAAGAGGGCCAGCUUCUCGGCUCUGACCGAGCACGGCACCAACGGGAUGGCCAGGACUUCAGGCAAAACAGGCGCCUCAAAGAAAUUAGUGAUCAAAAACUUCAAAGAUAGGCCAAAACUAGCAGAGAACUACACAGAAGACACGUGGCUGAAGCUUCGAGAUGCAGUGGGUGCCAUCCAGAACAGCACCUCCAUCAAGUACAACCUGGAAGAGCUCUAUCAGGCCGUGGAGAACCUGUGUUCGUACAAAGUCUCCCCCACGCUGUACAAGCAGCUGCGGCAGGUUUGCGAGGACCACGUGCGGGCACAGAUCCAUCAGUUCAGAGAAGAGUCGAUGGACAACCUGUCCUUCCUGAAGCGAAUGAAUCGCUGCUGGCAGGACCACUGCAGGCAAACUAUAAUGAUCCGAAGCAUCUUUCUCUUCCUGGAUCGAACAUAUGUGCUUCAGAACUCUCUGCUGCCCUCCAUCUGGGACACCGGGCUGGAGCUGUUCCGCACACACAUCGUGAGCGACAGUGCGGUCCAGAAACGAACGGUGGAAGGCAUUUUGGAGCAGAUAGAACUGGAGCGAAACGGAGAGACCAUCGAUCGCAGUCUGCUGCGGAGCUUGCUAGGCAUGCUGUCAGACCUGCAGGUUUACAAAGACUCCUUUGAGGAGAGAUUUUUGACUGAAACAAAUCGUCUCUAUGCAGCUGAAGGACAGCGGCUGAUGCAGGAGAGAGAUGUGCCUGAAUACCUGCACCACGUAGCUCGCCGUUUAGAAGAGGAGAAUGAUCGAAUUGUGAGCUACCUCGACCAGAGCACUCAGAAGCCCCUCAUCUGCUGUGUCGAGAAACAACUUUUAGGAGAGCAUAUGAACGCAGUUCUACAAAAGGGUCUGAGCAAUCUCCUUGAUGAGAACCGUGUCACUGAGCUGGCCCUCCUCUACCAGCUCUUCAGCAAGGUAAAAGCAGGACUGCCCACGCUGCUGCAGUUUUGGAGGGACUAUAUUAAGUCAUUCGGUGGGGAGAUCGUUUGCACACCAGAGAAGGACAAGGACAUGGUUCAGGACCUUUUGGACUUCAAGGACAAGAUGGACAAUGUUGUGCAGAGCUGCUUUGCGCGCAAUGAGGCGUUCAUCAACGCCAUGAAGGAGGCCUUUGAAACCUUCAUCAACAAGAGGCCUAACAAGCCUGCUGAACUCAUUGCUAAAUACGUGGACUCCAAGUUAAGAGCUGGAAACAAGGAGGCGACAGAGGAGGAACUGGAGAGAAUCCUGGACAAGAUCAUGAUAAUCUUCCGCUUCAUUCACGGAAAAGACGUGUUUGAGGCUUUUUACAAGAAAGAUUUGGCCAAGCGUCUGCUGGUUGGUAAGAGUGCCUCUGUUGAUGCUGAAAAGUCCAUGCUGUCCAAACUCAAACAUGAAUGUGGCGCAGCCUUCACCAGUAAGCUUGAGGGGAUGUUUAAGGACAUGGAGCUGUCUAAAGACAUCAUGAUCCAGUUCAAACAGUACAUGCAGAACCAGAGUGAGCCAAGCAACAUAGAACUCACUGUAAACAUCCUCACCAUGGGCUACUGGCCUUCAUACACACCGAUGGAGGUUCACCUCCCAUCAGAGAUGGUGAAACUCCAGGAAGUGUUCAAGCUGUUCUACCUUGGGAAGCACAGUGGAAGGAAGCUGCAGUGGCAGCCCACACUGGGCCAUGCUGUACUAAAGGCAGAGUUUAAAGAGGGCAAGAAGGAGCUGCAGGUUUCCCUGUUCCAAACUCUGGUGCUGCUCAUGUUCAACGAAGGGGAGGAAUUCAGCAUGGAGGAGAUCCGUGCUGCUACCGGAAUAGAGGAGGGAGAGCUCAGGCGAACACUGCAGUCCCUGGCCUGUGGGAAAGCGCGCGUCCUCAACAAGAACCCUCGGGGGAAAGACGUGGAAGACGGAGAUCGCUUCAAUUUUAACAAUGACUUUAAACACAAACUGUUCCGCAUCAAGAUCAACCAAAUUCAAAUGAAGGAAACGGUCGAGGAGCAGGUGAGCACCACAGAGCGCGUCUUUCAGGACAGGCAGUAUCAGAUCGAUGCAGCUGUUGUGCGCAUUAUGAAGAUGAGGAAAACUCUGAGUCAUAACCUGCUGGUGUCAGAGCUCUACAACCAGCUCAAGUUUCCUGUCAAGCCGGGAGACCUGAAGAAGCGGAUCGAGUCGCUCAUAGACAGAGACUACAUGGAGCGUGACAAGGAGAUUCCCAACCAGUAUCACUAUGUCGCCUGAGGGAACGCCGCUGUAGCUGCAGUGCUGUUUCCCACAGCGAACGCACAGCUGGCCCAACUGCACAGGAUUUACAGCCCCUCAGCCACCCGACUCUCCUCUGGUGCCCAUCUUGUCCUUCACAUUCACAAUCCUGGACGCAGAGCUCCAGAGAGACAAGAGACUUGGCUGCGCUGUUCCCCAUUCUGCAAUAUCCUUCAUGGGACUCUGAGACUGGGCUGCAUACAUGGACUGGGCUGUUCAUGGUUGGUUAUGACUAACAAAUCUGCUAGUGCGAAAUUCAACUCAAAAUAACUAGCACUUUCUUUGUUUUGUUUUUGUUUUUUUGUUUGUUUGUUUUUUGAGAGAUUGGGUUUUCCUUCUUACAUCACGUUAUAAAUCACUCUUUGUAUUUUGCAGCUUGUUUGUCACAAGUUUUUUGAUUUUUAUUUCUUCUUCUUUUCUUGAGGUGUUCUCCCUUUAAUUGGUUGUGCUAACUACUGAGUGUCAACCCGACUGGCUUGGAUGCUUGACUGGUUAGAGAAGCAGCUGCCUGUGUGAAACCGAGUCUUGAGCAAAACGUUGGCCGACGUGGUUGGUGCUCAUUGUGUUUUACACAAAAGCUAAAUGAGAUGCAGGCCAGCCAUUUGUGUAUUUUUCUUUUCAGUUUCUUUUAUGUUUGACCAAAAUGUCUAAUGUCACGUGCUGAUGCUGAUGUUUUUGUAGAUCGGACUGUGAGUGCAAAAAGUGAAUUUGAAUAAAUGAGUAUUUAAUGAUUGAGUU